AUGAAAACGAUGCCAUUCCCUUGCGGUCGAUAAGAAAUUUUGAAGGUGUACGCGGAGGAUGAUAACACGUGGGAAAACCAACUUGAACUUGGCCUGCAUUACCCAUGAACGUCGUCCGUGAAAUUAACAAGAUCAACGAGAGGGAACUUGCUCUCGGCGUCAGUGCAUCGUGGCACGAUGAAUACAAGGAUUCUGCUUACAUUUUCAUCGGAGGGCUUCAUUACGACCUCACGGAGGGAGAUGUCAUUACCAUCUUCUCCCAGUAUGGCGAGGUCAUAGACGUGAACUUACCCCGUGACAAAAACACAGGGAAAACAAAGGGGUUUGGCUUCCUCAUGUACGAAGAUCAGAGGUCCACGGUACUGGCAGUAGAUAAUCUCAACGGCGCCGAUGUUCUAAACCGGACAUUGCGAGUUGACCACGUGAAGAAUUACAAACAACCCAAAGUCCAAAAUGAAGAUGGCGAAUGGGUUGAUGCAGAGGGGCCAAGCGUUAGCGCAAAGCCCCAGAUGAUCAAAGACGACGCACCCGAGACCGACUCAGACGCCUCAUCGGCCUUCUCUAUCGACCCGGAAGACCCAAUGCGGGACUAUUUGUUAGAGAAGCGCAGAGAGAUGAAGGCAUUGCAAAAGUCGAAAAAAUCUAAGAAGGGCAAGCAUAAGGACGAGACGCACGAGGAGCGUAAGGCGCGGAAAGAAAGGAAACGCGAGAAGAAGUUACGGAAAUGGCAGAAGAAAUCAGAAGGUAUCAAAGGGGUAGAGGAGUUGCUCAAGAAUCUGGGAGGCAGAGAUGGACGCCGACCUUCCAAUCGUAAUGUUGAGGAAGAAGAUCACUACUAUCGAGACAGGUCACAGGAGAUUGACCGAAGGCGUUCUUCUUCUCCACCUUACAAGCGAAGGAGGGACUAUUCACGUAGCCCUCCACCUGCGAGGGAUCCCCGAGACGUCGAUAUGAGGAGCCGGUCCCAAAAGCGCGACACGCGACAUCCUGGUCCGUCAGAACGCCACUACAACUACGGAGAAGGAUAUGAGGGUUCCCGCAGCUCCGUUUACGAUGACAAGGGACAAAAUCUAGGGUGCUGUGACAUCUGGGAUUGGGGCCAUUCCGAUCACUUCUAACCUCUCGGUACCUCUUUUCAAAGAAGUGACCUUGUGAACUUCCGGAACGGCUUUGUUCCUGAAGGAAUGCCAUACGGCCUGCCGCCACGUGCCCCCUAC